GUGCUGUCGUCUGUUAUCUGUUUCCCGCCAUCCAAUACCAUUUUCAAAGCUUGAACCAUGUCUGCCUUUGUUGGAAAGUAUGCAGAUGAGCUUAUCAAGAAUGCCAAGUACAUAGCCACCCCUGGCAAGGGCAUCUUGGCAGCAGAUGAGAGCACUGGCACCAUUGGCAAGCGUCUAGCCAGCAUUAAUGUUGAGAACAUUGAGGCCAAUCGCCAAGCCCUUCGUGAGCUUCUAUUCACCUCUCCCAAUACCCUCCAAUACCUCUCUGGUGUCAUCCUCUUUGAGGAAACUCUUUACCAGAAAACCUCUGAUGGGAAGCCUUUUGUUGAGGUCCUUCAAGAGAACAAUGUCAUCCCAGGCAUCAAAGUCGACAAGGGUGUUGUUGAGUUGGCUGGCACAAACGGAGAAACCACCACCCAAGGCCUUGACUCUCUUGGAGUUCGUUGCCAGCAGUACUACAAGGCUGGUGCACGCUUUGCCAAGUGGCGUGCAGUCCUCAAGAUUGGCCCCAAUGAGCCCUCUGAGUUGUCCAUCCAGCAAAAUGCACAAGGCUUGGCUCGCUAUGCCAUCAUUUGCCAGGAGAACGGUCUUGUGCCUAUUGUUGAGCCUGAGAUUUUGACUGAUGGAGCUCAUGACAUUGCCAAAUGUGCUGCUGUUACUGAAACUGUGCUUGCAGCUGUUUACAAGGCAUUGAAUGAUCAUCAUGUUCUUCUUGAAGGAACCCUUCUCAAGCCCAACAUGGUUACCCCUGGCUCUGUUAGCCCAAAGGUGCCACCUAAGGUGAUUGCUGAGUACACAGUUCAAGCACUCCGCAGAACUGUCCCAGCUGCAGUACCAGGGAUUGUAUUUCUGUCGGGUGGACAAAGUGAAGAAGAAGCCACGCUCAACCUCAAUGCAAUGAACCAGUUGGAGGUGUUGAAGCCAUGGACUCUCUCAUUCUCAUUUGGGAGAGCACUGCAGCAAAGCACACUCAAGACAUGGGCUGGAAAGAGAGAGAAUGUUGCCAAAGCUCAAGAGGCAUUUCUAGCAAGAUGCAAGGCCAAUUCUGAGGCUACUCUUGGGAAGUAUGCCGGGGGAAGCGGAACUGGGUUGGCUUCCGAGAGUUUGCAUGUCACAAACUACAAGUAUUAGGCUUCUACACGGUGUUGGGCACUGACUUGGGCUGGGUGCAUUCUGCCAUAUGUAUGAUGCAGCUUAAGCAUUUGCUUCUAAUUAACAUGCUUAUUUUUGGGUUACAUAUUUUACAAAUGUUUUUUCUAAUACUUGCUGAAAGGCACGUAACAAGAACAUAUAUAAUAGUAAGUUUUUAUUAAAAAUUACAAGAUUCAAUGUAUUGAGAAUAUUCAGUGCUACAAAUUUUAGUAAAAAUUUACUAUUUUGAUGUUUUAGCGGAUAUCCUUGAACUCACGUUAAAAAUAUUAUUUUAGAGAUAUCAAUUUGUAUUAUAGAAGCUUGAUAAAAAAAAAAGUGUUUAUGUUAUAGGAAUUAAUUUUAAUG